AUGUCUGAUCUAGACGACGACUUGUUGGCGCUCGCAGGCGCCGACUCCGGGUCCGAGCACGAAGUGCUGGACGUCCCUUCAAAGCAACACAGCGCGGAGGACAGCGCGGAAGACGGCGAGUUCGACCCCGAGGUGGACGUCGAGUUCGGCAGCCGCGGCGCCGAAGACACGGCGCAAAACGGCGCCGACUCGAGUGACGAGGGCGCGCCGCUUGCCAACCCAUAUCCCUUGGAAGGCAAGUACCGGGACGAGGCGGACCGUGCGCGGCUUCUUGCCAUGGACGAGGUCGAGCGUGAACAGGCGCUUUUCGAGCGCUCGCAGGAGAUGGACCGGUACACGGAGAAAACCUACUUGCAGCAGCGCAUGCGCCAGCAGAAGACGCAGGGCGUGGAGCCAAAGACGCGGGCGCUGAGCCGCAAGACGGGCGUGCCCACGGCGAAAACAGACACGCUCAGCGAGUUGCGCAAGCAGCGUGAGCAGCGUACCCGGCGCCGUGAAGACGACUACGAGGACGAUGACGACGCGGGCGCGGAGGAUGAUUCCGAGCAGGAUGCGGGCUUUUCCGACGCUUCCGCCGACGCCGCGGACGGUGUGGUGUGGGGCGCCGGGGCGCUGCAGCACCGGCCUCGCACGUACGUCCGGGCAACGGCGGCCGACAUCAACAAGAUCCGCGUCGGGCGCAGCUUCCUCGGCAAGUUUCUUUACUACAAGGAAUUCGCCGAGGCCGUGGCGCACACCUUCGGCAAGAUCAACGUGGGCGUGGACCGCCGCACGCGCCAGCCCAUGUACCGCGCGGUACAGAUCGAGGAGGUCGUGUUGCACCCGCACAAGCAGUACCGCAUGGGCGACGGGAAGACGGACAUGUAUCUUCUCGUGAGCCAGAACAACGCGCAGAAGAAGGAGUUCCCGCUCUCUGUGUUCAGCGACGCGGACAUCACGCCCGAUGAGUUCGCGCGCUACGCGGCGGAGUUGGCCAAGCUCAACGAGGAGGUGCCCUACGUGGACGAUGUCAACGAGAAGGCCGAGCAGUUGCACCGUUUGAUGAACAGCGGGCUUUCUAAUAAAGACAUCGACGAGAUGGUCUCGCGCAGGCAGAAGUUGCUGAAGGGAAUCACUGCCUACGACGCUGUGUACCAGAAGUCCAAGGUCUUGGAUGAGUUGAAGGUGGCCCGGCAGGAGAACAACACAGCGCGUGUCAAAGAGCUCACUGCCCAAUUGAACACGUUGGAGCAGGUCUUGUACAAGGAUAACGCCAGAAGCUCCCAGAGCUCGUCCACCAGCAUGUCGAAGGUCAACGAGCGCAACAGGAAGCUCAACCAGACCAACAUCCGUAAGGCAGAGGUCAAGUCCUCGUUUUUGCGGAAAACCACUGACUUGUCCGACGGCGACCCGUUCUCCAGAUUGAAGACCACCACGAGGAUCUUCUACCAGGAAUUGGUCAACGAGGAAAACCAGAAGGCCUUGCAGGACGCGCAGGCUAACUUCGAGUCCAGGAUUGCCGAGAAAAGUGAGCAGGAGGCGAAGAUCGCCUCAUCCAAGUAUAGAGUCUUGGGGAACUUUGACAAGCUCAUUGCCCAAGUGGACAUCGACUUCUCCCCACGCUUGUGA